AUGGCAGCAGAGGGUGACGACGCUGAAGUUGAAGACAUCGAGAAUGAAGAUGACGAGGAAGAGGGAAAGGCAGUUCACUUUGAGAAGCUCGAGGUCAUCGAGCCACAGAAAGACACUGCGAGUGCCUCUGUGGCUCGAUCCUCGAAGCACAAGAAGAGCAUGCUUCUCUUCGGCAUGAAACAGGCCGCCCUCCCCAAGGUUGAUCCCUUCAUGCCGGGCGCUCAGAUGCUUCACGUCGACCCCCUUGUGUCGUCGAAGCCCAAGAAGAGGACGGAGAGGAUCAUCGGGAAGAGGGGUUGUCAGCCUGAGACUGGAGCUCGAGUCUGGUUGGCCUUGGGGUGUCGCGGCCUUGGGGUGGAGGGGGAGGAAGGGAUCGGAACCAUAGAGGAGGUGCUCGAGGAAGGGGAGUGCAUGGUUCGUUGGGACUCCUCUGGCCUCGCACACACAUACAUGUGCGGCAAGUUCAGCGUCUACCAUCUCGCAGUGUUCGACUACCUGGAGCAGAAGUCCUGGAUGCUCUUGAAGCAUGAGCACAACUUCAAACAAGGAAACGCUGGGAAACCUCCUCCGAUCGAGCGGCAGAAGGAGCUGGAGACGUUGCUGGGAUAUCGGAUGGAGGAGCAGCUGAGCAAGCGAGUCUCCUACCAGCGGAAACAGUGCCUGCUGCAGUGA